AUGGAAAUGGGUCGAGAGCGAGAAUGGGAGACUUGCUCUCAUUCAGCUCCAGCCUCGUUCCCGGUUUUUUCAUCAUCUGGAUGUCGUAGAGCAGCGAGCUUUCCAUAUUUUGGUGAUACUACCAUUCAACCAUCAAGCUUGAAGGUUCGGUCGCAGAGCGAAUCCGAAGGACUGAACAAGAUUCGAAUGACACAGGUGAAAUUUGAAGCAAUUCGCAAUCGUCUCUGCGCUAACACGAUCAAAGAAAAAGAUGAGGGAAGCGAUUACCAAUCGCACAGCUCCUCGAGCAGCGACUGUGACGUCGAUGAUGGUGAAGUUUUCUGCGCAGGAAACUUGGAACUAACUGAGGAGGUAACUGAUCUCAAGUCUGUACGCUUUGCUGAUGAUUGUGGACAGGAACUCUACAUGAUAAGAGUUGCUACCGAACCAAGUAAUUGCCCACCAAGAUUGAGCCCAUCGGUGCUCCGUCGCUAUCGAGGAGAUUCUUUCGAAGAAGAGCAGCGUCCUCAUGAGCCAGCUCCGGUUUGGAAUUUGCUGUUCAAGCAGCCUGCUGCAGACUACGCAAACUUCCGCAACAAUCUGGAGAAGAACAAAGUCACCCUCGAAAACGUUAUUGUAAACAAUGAUAGUUAUAAAGUUGUCGGAACUAUCAAGGUGGCAAAUAUCGCGUUCGAGAAGAAAGUCUUCGUCCGCUAUUCAAUGAAUGGAUGGGCUUCGUACAUGGAUAAAGCUGCGGUUUAUCAACCAACGACAAGCAAGGUCCACGACACUUUCAAAUUUGAGCUUGAUCUCCCAUCAUCUGUUGAAAAAGUUCAUAAGAUCGAGUUUUGCAUUUGUUUCAAAACAAACGACGCUGAGUACUGGGAUUCAAAUGGAGGCGUUAACUAUGCACUUCAAUCUGAGCAGCACAACAUUCCGCAGCCGCCACCGCGUCGCACUUCUCUUUUUGGAAGAGUAACAUUCAGCACGAAGUAUCUUGAUCGCGACGAUGCCUAUAAGCUGGAUUACAACGAUUGGAGCAAGUUUGCUUCGUGGAAGAAUUUGAGCACUGACGGCCCUUAUUGGUAG